ACGACAGCGUCCUUAUGGGCCCAAUUAGUCCUACCACUUUAAAUAUUUACAUGAAUAAUUAAGAGAUAAUAAUGAAACGACGACUGAACUAAAAACAUUCAUUUAACAAAUCAACAAGAAUUCCAAUUAUUCGUCAUUUAAGCUGAUUUGUUCACUGCCGUCCUCAAAUGACAAUCCUGUUAUGCUCAAAAAUCUUUAAAAGUGUUUUUAGCUGAGCACACUCACCAGCAACUUUAUUAGGUAAAUCAUAAUAUUACUGGUUCUUUUUCCGUCAUGCUAGAGGUUCAACAAGAUGUUUGAAACAUUAUUUGAAUGUCUAUACGACCUUUAAUACCUCAGUAAAUAAAGCUAGCCCACUUGAGAAAUUGUUUUUACACCUAUAAAUUAGCACAUCACAACCAGUUUUUCUGUUUGUUAUGCUAUUUUGUUAAUAUUUAAGAAAACAAACUCCAACGUUUACAUCGAUCUGGUGACAUCACAUGAAGCGUCAUAGUUAUGUUGUAUGCAUCGCUCUUGUUUUGUUUUUUUUCCUGAAAAUUAGCUGAUUUUUGCUAACUGGUUAGCAAAGAAAAAUCACACAGUUAAUGGCUAAAAUAAUUCAGAACAAGUGGUCACAAAUAAGCCAAUUGUAGCAGAAUAAAACUAUUUUUCUGUUUUAAAACGAUAAACUCAAGGCACGCUGUGGAAAAUCAAAGGUUGACAUUUGUGCCUCUUGUGAUGUCAUCAACUCCCCCCACACAGAAAGCAGGAAAAAGUUUUUCUAUUCCUGCACUUUUCGUGAAAUCAAGCAGACAUUUAUACUUAAUUUAAAACCCUGUGUUUUAUUCUUACUUGUUCAUUUGUUACAAGAGAAAAGAAAAACAGAAUAGUUUUCUUUAAAAUCUCAUUUCACAUUUUCUCAGCCAGACAGUAAGGCACUCGUUUUAUUAAUUAAAUUACAAUUUAUUAAUUCUCUCAGUAUUUUUUUUUUUCCAAAUUAAUGUCGCUCUCUCGGGUUAUUUUGUUGUUACGGGUGAAAUCUUUCGUCUCCAAAACCACUAAAUUACAUCAACGGCGCAAAAUCUUUUACUUUGAUUUGAUCUCACCAAAUGUUGUCAAGACAACAUUUCGCGAUAAACCUGAAACUACUUUCAUUUUCGAAACGUCACCGGAGGAGGAACAACGGAGGUUUUUGUGGGAAGCUCCACCACGAAGACUUUAGAAGUGCUUCCGCUCCGGACGCUUCUUGCAUAUUUUUAAGAAGAAGUGCUUCUCUUCAUGUACCUGAGUUGUUUCUGUGCUUGUUUAAGCUGCGGAACAGCAGGAAGCGUGGAUAGUUUUUUUGUGUUUUGUUUUGUUUUGUUACAUUUAGCCACAGAGAAACUCUGUUUGCAGGGCCUGUACGCUGACCAGUGAUGGACCCGCUGGAUUUCCUGGAGCCCGCUGAGCUGCUCACGUUUUUCCACUGUCGUAAAACAGAAAUGUCCUGCAUGGAAAACCCGCUGAUCUUCCUGAACCAGCUCAGGGACCACAACCUGAUACCGGAAGACAAAUACAAGAUAACGAUCCGGAUGAAAAGUAAAGAUAAAAUUAGGAGAGCUGUUUAUGAAAUCUUAGACUGCCUUGAGAAAGAGAACUCGGAGCACAUCCCGCUGUUCUGGAGAUGUGUCUUCAAAGACGUCAUCAUGAACCAGUACCCCACCCUGAAGCUGCUGCACAAUAGCCUCAUGGACGGCUCUUUCCACUUUGACCCAAAACUACCUGAAAGGAGGGAAAGCGAAGAGAGCGACGAAAGGGGAAGCUCGAAGGUUUCCGAUGGCGAGGAGAAGGAAACGAAGAGCGCCAAAAAGAAGAGGAAGCACAGAAGCGGGAGCAGCGAAGGCGACGAUGAGCAGUCGGGCUCGUCGGCAAAACAGACUCCAAGUCAGAAGAAAAAGGUCAAGAAAAUACAUUUCUCGUCUCCAAGGAAAGGGGAGGCGGGUGAGAUUUGGACCUGGCCAAUCUAUAAGACCCAGCUGCCUGUGACCUGUGGCGAGGUGGAGGGGACGCUCAUACGAGACAAGCUGGCUAGAGGUGAAAAGUGCAUCCUGGUGGACAAAAAGCAGUUCACUCCGUCUGAAUUUGAGAAGCUCGCAGGGAAAGGGAGCGCCAAGAACUGGAAAUUGAGCAUCCGAUGCAAGGACACCCCUUUGGGAAAACUUAUUAAGGACGGGCACCUGAAGGCAGCGGUCUACAAAAGAAGAAUCAAACAGGCCAGAAAAUCCUUGUUUGCUGCCAGUCAUUCAAACACAGAUGAAGAAGACAGUGAGGACGAAGAGGAAGCACAGUCUUUAACAGAGGAAACCUCAGGAGAAGAAACGGAAGAACAAGGCGAGUCGACUCAGGUGAACCUGGAUCAUUGCAAGACAAAGUUCAAAGUGACGUGUGGAGCUUUAACUGGGACUUUAUACAAAUUUCGAUUCGCAUCAGGGAAAUGUGGGAAAAGUAUUCGCACCGAGUUGAGCUGGAUGAGUCCGGAGGAGUUUGUGAACACAGCGUUAAACCAGAGAGACGCCGCCUGGCGGAAGGACAUCUUGUACGAAGGGGAACCCCUCAGCGCUCUCAUAGAGGCAAACGUCUUGAUACUGCAUUCAUUGCUAUGCAAAUGCAAACGGUGCAAACCAAAAGAUGAAGACCUGGACGAUGAGAAAAAUGACGACGAGUGUUGCAUCUGUAAAAGUGACGGGGAAGAGGACUUGGUGGAGUGUGAUCAAUGUCCGAGAUCAUUUCACCAGAACUGCCAUCUGCCUCAUAUAGACGACACAACAGUGGAGGACGACAACCAGUGGCUUUGCACAUUCUGCGUCUUUAAGCUCACUGAGGAGUGCCGCUACCCCGACGAGCAGAGAACUGAAGCCGUCAUGUCCCGUCAAAUAUCUCAACACCUGCUGGAAUGCCAGUAUCUCCUCCUCUAUCUGUGCAACGCUGAUGAGGAGCAGAUAUUUGCCACCAACCCAAGGCAGUAUCUGGAAAAUUACUGCAGUGUUAUUAAGACUCCGAUGUGGCUGGAUAAGAUCGCAGACAGACUUCAGAGGAACGAAUACCAGACUGUUGGCGAGUUUGUGUCUGACGUUCAGCUCAUUUUCACCAACUCUGCCACGUACAACAGGAACAACCCACAAUACCUGAACAUGGGCGAACACCUGAAGCAUUUAUUUGACAGAGAAUUCAAGAAGGCCUUCAACAUCCAGGAUUAGACCACAGACUAACAUACCACCACUCACAGACACUGGCUCUACAUAAACAACAUUUAAAUGCUGUGCUGAUAAUAAUUUGAUGACGCUUCAUCCAACCAGGAUCAUUUUUUUUCCUAAUAUUCUGUUUAACUAAUGAAAGAAAAUGUUAAAAUACUACUGAAUGUAUGGCACACUCUUUGAAAACCAUGCUGAACUGAAGCAGAGCAGAUUCUCAGUCUGAUGUUCUGUGGUUAUCUUCAUCAUGAGAGUCUUAGAGUAAACUCAGAAAAGUCUCGUCCUGCAUGAUCGGGCCGAAGUUUUGAAAUCUGUUCUCGUUCUCGAAGUUAUGUGAUGAAAAUGGCGUCAUUUUUGUUGUCAGCCUCAUGUCAUCCGCCCCUGCUUGU